AUGUCAGACUCAGGUCUAGCCGCUGCGGGGAGCAGCACAUACUCCUCGAAUACUCUCCAUGUCGGAGAUGGCACCUGGGAUUCGGGACGGGAUACCUUCCUGCUGCCCAAUCUAAUGGGCGUCAACUUUGAAACGAUGCGAUAUAACGGUAUGGGUAAUCGUUUCAAAGAUAUGGCCGGGUACCAUGCCAUAAUUAUCGCGCACGGCGUCAUUGCAACCAUCGUUUUCUUGGGCAUCGUCCCUACAUCCACCCUCAUAAUUCGAUAUUACUCCCGCUGGAAUCCAUAUUGGGCCUUCAAGUUACAUGCCUGGUGUCAGGUGCUGACCCUGCUUUUGACUACGGUCGUGUUUGUUCUUGGCUGGUUCGCCGUCGGGCCAGCAAGAAGCCUAACCAACCCACACCAUGGCAUUGGCCUCGCAAUCUAUGUUCUAGUAAUUUUCCAAGUGUUGUGGGGCUGGUUCUUGCACAAGAAGGAGAGCAAGCGGCAAAGAUUGCAUGUGCCUUUGAAAUUGGUGUUUCAUCGGUGGCUGGGUCGUGCUCUUGUCAUCCUCGGCAUUGUCCAGAUCCCUCUGGGGCUCACCCUCUAUGGCUCACCCAAGGUCCUUUUCAUCUUGUUUGCCAUAGCAGCCUUUGGCUACCUGGUCCUCUACUUCAUUCUGUCCUACAGAUAUGAUGUGGAGGGAUAUCACAUGGGAAGUGACCAUGGAGGCGGACACAGUCAUUAUACAGGGCCAUCGGAAGUUUCAGAAACCCAUGACCACCACACAGGAGAAGCUCUUGCUGCCGGGGCUAUGGGAGCUGGAUUAGCUUCCAUGUUCCGACGACGUCCACGCAGUCGACACGCUAGCCAAGUAUACGAAGAAUCACGAACAUCCAUUUCCGAUGAGAAAUAUUCCGAUGAGUCUUCGCGGCAUCAUGGCGCUGGCGGCGGUGGUUUCGGUAAGAAGCUUCUCGAAAUCGGCGCAUUGGCCGGGGCUGGUCUGAUGGCCAAGAAGUUAUGGGAUCGUCGAAAGAAGAGAGAAGAUGAUACCGAGUCCGGUCGUUAUAGGCCAGCACACUCCCGCAGUAACAGCUAUACGGAUGAGUCCCUCAGCAGGAUGGAGGAUGGUCGACCAGAGCCCACUCAUCACACACCACUCAAUCGACCACCGAGUCGUGCACCAAGCAGGUCGCAAAGCCCGGGCUCGUCUUACUUAUACAGCAGUGCCUAUUUCACCGAGCCGCCCAAGCGAAGUGCUUCCCAUGGAAUUCGGGAUGCUGUUGUGGGUGCUGGUGCUUUCGCUGCUGUCAAGCGAUUGUUCAGUCGUGGUAAAAAGGUCGAUGAGAAGGAACGGCUGGAGGAUAUCAAACGUCGCGACGACGAGGAUGAGGCUCUUCAGAGGGCAAACAGCAAACGGCGGCCUCAAGCAGGAGAGAGUUUCUACCCACGAAGAAGAACCAGUUCGUGGAGUGAGACCGACCUCACUGAAACCGAUUUGUCUCGGCCACCACCACCCCGACAUGCCUCGCAAGGGGAGUCUCUUCUCACUGCGGAGCCUCUUGCCUCGGGCGCUGUUCAUAGCUCUGUGUCAGAGAUGCCACCCAUGCCGCCUGUGCACCACCAAGGGUACUCCGGUGAUCUGCGAUCAGAACUCCCCCAUUCGCGUCAGUCCCUUCCCCAUAACGAAUCAGAAUUUGUCUCGGGUGCAGCCGCUGGGGCAGCCGCCGGGGCAGCGUUAGACGCGGCCUCCCGCCACAACCGAAGUAGCAGCAGACGCCGACAAGACGACGUCGCCUCGCCACCGGUAUCCGUGAAAGUGAAGAUGCACAACGACGGUCGCCACGUCACACUCCGCCGACUAACCGAAGAAGAGGCCGCCGCAAGCCGCGAAGCCCGUCGCCGAGAGCGACGAAACUCCCGCCGUCGCAACAGCAGCGCAGGCUCCCUCUCCGGUAACGAAGAUGCCGGCCAUGACCGCUGGCGCCGAGUUGAAGAGCUCGAGCGCCGACAAGAAGAGCAAAUGCGCCGUGAGCAGGCCGCCGCUGCCCCCCUUCCCCCUCCACAGGUUGCUCCUUCUGGUAGCCAUCCUGCUUCUUCAUGGGCUGCACCACAAUCCCAGGUCAGCCAGAUGCCACCUCCGCCUCCUAUUCCUGCGCCUUCUAGUAUGCCCUACGGGCCGGGAAGUGUUACUUCGCCUCCAUAUACCGCUACUGAGAUGAGUGGUUCGUAUGCGAAUAACCGUCGUCGUAGACGCGCGGAGCGGGCCCGCACUCGACAGGAGAGACAACAGCAGCAUGGUGUUGAAUUUACUUGA